GCUGACGCGGAUUCGGAAGAACCAACGGAACAACCGCGCGCGCGGCGCCGAUGGCGCAAGAGAGGGCCGCGCGUCGCGAUAGUCGGGGGGUAGGGACGGUAACGUCAGCAUGUCGCCGCGCGCCUGGCUAUCGUAUGGUAGAAUCACGGGCGAAUCAAACAUGGCGAUUCGGUCGCUGUUUACGGUGCGAGCAUACGGUUACUAGUGCCGCGUACGGGUGGUGCCAGUACGCGAGUGUGACUCUUCGGCGCCGGUGCGUGAUCGUGCCAUCGCGCAUCAACGGACCCGGGUACGUAUCGCGGGUAUGGAGCUGCACCGGACGGAAACGGCGACGAGGAAAGCGCCGGGCGACGACGUCGAUGAUGGAGUACGCGACGCGAAGGGCGUAGAGGCUGGGCCAACGCCUGCGACGUCAUCGCCUCCGGUCGACGAGCGGGUGCCGCGAUCUGCUGGCGAGAACGCGGAGCGGGACAACGUCGAUUGCUCGAACGGACGGAAUCAUCCCAAGUCACUUACAAACACUUGCGGAAGAUUGGAGAGCGGCAGCGGCAGCGGCGAUCAGGAUGGCGGUCAGCACGAGGACGGAACGGACAUUGCGGCGAAGAAGAGAAAAACUCGGAGAGGCAAGCCCAAGCACAAGAAAUUAAAGCCGUACUCGAAGCAGCUGUCUUAUCCGCAACAAUUGCGGAGCAGGUGCAUCGGUAGGAUCGCCAAGACCAGCAGGCAACCACCAGCCUUGUACAACACCACGCAAUUUCUCAUGGCCGAUCACAGCGAUCUGCCUGAUCUCGAGCAGAAGUUAUCGGAAGCUGCGUCACUGGAAGUACCUGCUAUGUUUCAAAAGCCAACGGCGCCGUCGCGCACUCGCGAUUCUAGUUUUAGCGUGGACUCCGACGAGGAUUACUUCUACUCGUCCCCGGAGGACGAGGAGGAAUUUCUGACGAAGGAAUUCUCAACCGCGUACGAGGCCGUUCACGAGGAGCGAUUGAGCACGUUGACGAAGAUGGAAUUGAUACAGGAGUACAGGCACUUGGAGGCCAAGAUGGACUCGUUAACGAAAAGAUUGCGUAAUAAGGGCAUUCAUCAAAUGGAGGAAAGGGAUUCGGAGAAUAAAAACGUGUCCGCCACGGACGCUGAGAUAGCGAAGAAAUUGAAGCUGUGUCAACAGCGGAUCGACGAUCUGCUGCAACAGAAUGAGCAGCUGAGGCGGGAGAACGAGAUGUUACGUACUGAGAAGAGAUUACGCGCGAGCAGCUCCGAAUCGAGUGUCGACAGUGAAAGCGACAGCGACAGUUCUAGUAAUAGCAACCAAAGUGGAUGUAGUUGCUCUCUCUCGAGUCCAGUAACGUCUCCUAAGCAUACCUAUAAAUCUAGAUUAGAUAAUAAUGUAAGAACAGAUAACAAAAGCGAUAGCUGCGAUACUAGCCAAAGUGGAAGUCCCAGAACAUCUAUAACGCCCACUAAUUUCUCCAACGGUCACAUAAUUCUGAACGAAACCGGUAGUUUGCCCACGUAGAUUUCGUGAAAUUGCUGCUUGAUAUACACCACGUAUUGAUAUUACGUUCGAUAUUAAACAAAAUUUUCAUGUAAGUCAGGCAGGCUGCAUCCAUUCGAUAUAAUAUCGAUACAACAAUUGUAACAGAAGCAGAUUUCUUCAGUCGGUUUUGUUGUGAUCAAACGACACAUUUGAUCUUUCUUCUAAGAUACUUCGCUAAAUCUCGUUAGGCUGUAUCGUUCAAUAUCUCCCUCCCCCCCCUCCCCCCCCCCGUUACUAUCUCCUGGUCCAAUCUUCUUUCUCCUGAGACUGUAUAUACGUACAGUCGCGCGGAUACAUAUAUGUAUGUAUAACAAUAUAAAUAUAGGAUUAAUGCUCUAUAGGAGAACUACUCGCAUCUGUUUGUGCUAUUUUGUUAUCUGCUUGGCGAAAUAUUUACCAUACCUAUCAUGUAUUUGCUUCUAUCUCCUGUUUACUCUAGUAUCGUAUAUAAUGGAAUUUAUGUUUUUCAGCCUGAUUUUUUUUCCUUUUUUUUUGUUCUCCCUUUCGCGUACUGCCAAUUACAAGAGUUAUGUUUGCAAAUAUAGGUCUACAGACCAUCAACUAACGCGGACCUAUGUACAUACACGCAUGGGUGAGAAGCGGAUUCUUUUAGACCCAUCAGAAGUAUUAUAUGUAUUAUAUAUAAAAUUAAUAUGUAAUAUUGUCAAAUGUGAUGACCUAUAUUGUAGGAGGUUAAAAAUCUUUGUACAAUUGUAUAGUUUUAGUCAGUAAGACGAAAUGUUAGUUUAUGGUCUGAAAUUGUAAGAUACGCAAAAGUGUUUUUCGCAUUUCCGAUUUUUAAUAAAUUUUAUGUUUUUGCUCCGA